CAAAUUCAAAACCAACCAACUGUGCCUUGGGUCAAUCUCAGUCAAAACUCCCAUAACAAAACCAACCACUCUUUUCCCAUUCACAAGACGCACCGUUCUUCGCGUUUUACUGAACCGCCUCUUUUCAUGAACAACCCCUUAGACACUGCCGGCGCCUCGCCGCCGGCACAGUCCGUCAUUAUCUCGCCGGACGCGAAGCCCGGCAGUACAUCCGAGAGCGACGGUGUUGGUGGACCCACAAUCAAGAUCAACGUUUCUUAUGGUUCAUCUCUUCACGUGAUUCACCUCCCAGCCCAAUCAACUUUCGGGGAUAUAAAGAAAUUACUUGUACAUAAAACUGGUUUAGAGCCCGAAGAACAACGACUUUUCUUCAGAGGAAUAGAAAAGGGUGAUAAUGAGAAAUUGCACCUGGAAGGUGUGAAGGACAAGUCAAAGCUUUUGCUUAUGGAGCGUGCUGCUAGCAAAGAAAAGAAACUUGAGGAAACCAGAAAACUCAAUGAGAUUUCUAAAGCUUCUGAAGCUAUUAAUGUGGUCAAAGCUGAGGUGGACAAGCUCUCUGAUAAGGUUGCGGCCUUGGAAAUGGCUAUCAAUGCUGGGAACAAGUCUUCUGAGAAAGAACUUCUUGUGUUGACAGAGUUGCUUAUGGGUCAAUUGCUGAAACUGGAUGGUGUUGAGGCCGAAGGUGAAGCAAAGUUGCAGAGAAAAGCUGAGGUGCGUCGUGUGCAGGGCCUUGUGGAUUUGUUAGAUUCUCUAAAGGCUAGAAACUCCAACCCUUUUAGCCAAAGUGGGAAUGCUGUUACAGAAACAACUCAUCAGGAAACCUUUGAUAAUGGAACAGAAGGCUCAAACGACCCAUCUUCAACCACAACAUCAUCUUCAACAAAAAUAUCUCAAGAUUGGGAGCGGUUUGAUUAGCUUAAAAAUUGAUGUGAAAUAUUAAAUUAUAAAUAUUGUACAAUAACAUAUUGACCUUCAUCCUGUGUCCAAUGUUGAAAAAACAAUUUUUAUACAAAA